AGUUGUUGUUUCUUCGUUUGUGGAGCGAAAUGACGGGCGCCAGAAUUCAGCGGAUGGGCGCUGUAGCGCCUCUGCUUGUAAUAAUAGCGUUGCUAGCAUCCCCUGCUGGCAUCGGUGGUGGUAUCCUUUUUACCCCUGUUCUCCAUCUUGUCGGGGAGCUGGAUUCGAAGGAAGCAUCAGCGACCAGUCAAGCGCUUAUUGCUGCUUCUCAACUUGCUAGUUGUAUUAUAAACUUCUGGACGCAGUGGCAUGAGCCCAAGAAGCCGCUCAUCAUCCUACCAUACGUCAUCAUUAUGUUGCCAUGCAUUGUUGCUGGAGCCGUAAUCGGUGUCUAUCUGAACAUGAUCCUCCCCCAGCUGAUUAUCCUUAUCCUCUACGUGCUGGUAGCAGCUUUCUCGACGAUUAAGACGACGUUGAAGGGCGUAAAACAGUACAGGUCUGAAAAUGCGACAAAGAAGGCAAGCAAGGAGCAUGAGUCACCGUCGUCAGCAAGCCAGAAGACGAUAGUCACGUUAGAGGAGGCUAAGGAGAAGAAAGUGGACCCAUUCUUGGUGAUGCCAUCGAGGAAAGUGCUGUUUUUCUACUGGACAACAGCGUUCCUCAUUUGGGUGCUCUGUCUCAUAUUCCCCUUAUUACGAGGAUCCUCAACAGCCAAAAGCAUAGCACCAGUGCCAUACUGCGGCGGGGUGUACUGGUUCCUGGCCGCUCUCGAGAUAGCGCUGCUGUUGGGCAUAUCGUCAGGCUUCAUAUUCGCCAAGCGGAAGGUAUGUCGACUAGUUCAAUGUUGCAUCCUUGGAGUGGAGAUUGUUUUUACCGGUAUCAUCUCCUCGAUGGUCGGCAUCGGCGGUGGUAUCCUUAUGAACCCCAUCAUCUUGGAUUUCGGUUUGAAUCCACAGCAAGGGACAGCUACCAACGCUAUCAACAUCUUUGCGAUGAGCACAAGUACGGCAUUGUCGUAUGGUAUGAGUGGAUAUUUCCCUGGUGGUUCUGAUAUGUGGAUUGUCGUUCUUCCUUUCGUUGGUGGCAUUAUUGGCAAGCUCGUUCUGAAACAGAUCGUGGCCAAAACUGGAAGAAUGAGUGUUCUAGUGUUUCUCCUCGCUGGUAUCACCUGUGCUGGCUGUAUUAUUGUACUCGUUACUGGUAUUAUAAGCAACGUCCGAGAUGCCUCAAAGGGCAUUAAUAUAAUGCAAAUAGGUCACGUUUGUUCAUAACUCAGUUCCUCUUGUUUCGAUUCUAUUGCCUGUGGAGACUAUUCGUCAUAAGUUCUCGGGUUGGAGUCUUCCUGUCACAAUUCAG